AUGGAUUCAAUUAUCACGAUAAAUAUGCCACGAGAUAAUAUGGAGUUAGAUUAUGACUGCCAAAAACAUACAAAAGGACUGAUUUUGCUUGCUUCUAUAACUCCACAAAACACAAAAUUGCUCACGGAGUUGGGAUGUUCUCCCUCAAAGACUUCUAUUUUACAUGAGGCUACCCAUCACAAGUUUAGUCGAACUAGCAGUGGUAGGAUAUUUGAAAAAGAUAUAAAAGAUAUAUUCUCAUUAUUGAUUAUAUCUCUCAGGUUAGAAAGAGAUGGAUUGACUAAUUAUUUGUUUAAUUCACCACCUAUAAUUAAGCUUCACAAACCGCUAAGGAAAAGCUACCCAUAUUCUUUUAGCUUGGAGUCAGCUAUUGAGAAAAUGAAAGACUUACAGCUAGACGUUGAGCUGGUUAACACAGUUACUUGUAUUUCAUACAGCUUUAAAUCGGAAGUAAGUUUAGCGUUGAUUGAACAGUUUUACAAAGCUAGAUUGUUACACUCACCUGCUGAUAGAACAAGGAGUGGGGCCAAGUCCAAUGUUGCAUUACAACCAACCCCCAAAGGAAUAGCUAUUGUCCAAGAAUUCUGUGAAAGAAUUGGAAUGGAGAGGGAAGAAUUUCCUGAAGUUCUUUUGGCACAUGAUUUCAAUACCAUGGAGUUAUUUAACUUUGAUCGCGAUACUAGGAGCGACAGGAUCCUCUAUUCAGAAUACUUACUUUAUUUAUUAUUCAAUUUAAUGAUGGGGCCAGAACCAAAUGUUUGGACUCCUUCAAACACACAGGAUGCGUUACCAAGUUUGAAUUUUUCAGACAGUGAAAGCUUUGAUAAGCUAUACAAAGUAUUUAGUAAUUCCCAAGACGCCAAGAAUGCGAAGCAGAACAAUGAUGACUCUUCAGAUGUUGAGGGAUUCAGUUUUACUAGUUAUCGCCAUUUCUCAAAAACACACCAAAGCUCUGAAACACAUUCAGUUACUGAUAGUAAAGAAAUGGCAACUAGCCCAUUCCACCACAGGUACUUUACUAACCCGGAAUCAGAUGCUCAUUCACAAUAUUAUGUAUCCUCUGUUGGUGUUCGGUUAUUAAAAGACAAAAUAGUUUUGGUUGGACCGAAUAAAAGUGUUACAGUUGACUAUUGUAUCAGUGGUAAGGCAAUAUACCAGUGGAUACUAGAUUGCACGGAUAUCAUAAACCCAAAUCAUGCUCACGAAAUUGCCAGGUUGCUUGUCAAACACAAUUUAAUAAAGCCAGUAUCCUUUUCUAGCAGCCUUAGUUUCUCUAGAGACGCCUUUUACCAAUUGUCAACCCUAGGAUUAGCACUAUCUCUGUGGGACUUUUUCGAUAGAAAUUUACAGGAUAGUUCCUCUUUGCAACCUGGAACAAAAAUUUUAAGAUUGGCUAGCAAUGUUACAUUGCAGAAUAUUUUGAAUGAUCCGGGAAUGCGGCUACAGUUUCGAAAACAUUUGAUUAAGGAUCAUUGUGUUGAAAAUUUAGAAGCUUAUAUUCAACUAAUGCAAUUUGAGGAAACGUACAAAGCUUGGGAGGAUUUAAGUGAUAUUAUCGACAACCAAAACCACAGCUGCAUACCAGUAAAAAGCUCAGAUGUUAACAUACAUUUGAAGGAUUUGCAAGUAACAUGUAUGUCUUUUGCUUUCCAAAUAUUCCACACUUAUUUGAGUAUAGAUUCUCCGAAGAUUGUGAAUAUUGAUUUUAGAUUAAGAUCAAAAAUCACUACAUUGAUGAUUGGGGAUUCAGGGGCUAGAGAUAAUGGCGAUAACGAGUCGAUUAUUUAUUUACAAACACCUACUGAAGAUUUUGCUUUGGGGUCAUCAGUACUGGAAGAAGCAGGAGGUUCUACACCGAGAUGUCAUGAUCAUGAUGAGCUUUCGGCACCAGCUAACAAUUUCAGAAAGAUUGCAAAUCUGUUGCUACAAAUUAAGCUUCAAAUAUACCACCUUAUGGAAGUUGACUCUAUCCCAAAGUUUUUGGAAACAUUAGGUGUAACAAGUAAUAGGAUAAUUACAACUUUCUAG